CUUGACAUCGGGACUGACUCUGAGCAUGGACCCCGUGUGUUCCCAACCAGCGCCCAAUCUGAAAAACGGAUUUGUAGGUGAAAGAAAAUGGUAUUGUUUAACAGUGUCGUCUGCGCUAUUUAUCUAAAGAAAGGAAAUAAAUGCUUUGAAGAGUUUCCGGAAGAUAUAGAAGCGUAGUUAAAGGCGUACAACACAAAAGACGGGAGUGACCGCAGUGUCUGAAGUGAAUACUGCACCAAGAGUCCAGUGCCAUGAAACUGAAUCCCCAACACGCUCCACUCUAUGGAGAGUGUGUGUUGACUGUUCAGCUCGACGAUUAUGAUGUGUGUCGUGCUGAGGAGGAAGAGGAAGAGGAAGAGGUGGAGUUUUAUCUAUUAUUCUCAGGAUCCACCCAAAGACAUCUGACCAGCACACUGCGAGUCAGCCACGUCACACUGCAAGCUGUGUGUCCAGCCCAUAAUGUGUGUGAGCAGGUCUUGGUGACAUUAUGUGUGGCUCAGCCUGGCGGACCAGUAGACACACGCUCACAGGAGACCUUCUGCUUUGUACAGGACUUGGCUCUCGACAUGGCCCACUUCCUGCUUGACAACAUCGCUCCACAGGAAGCAUUACCAGUGGAUGAUGAGCAGAUUCCGUUGAAGGAGUGUGAGAGGUUGGAUGAGAGCCUGGCUCUGGCCCUGAAACACCUGAGGACUGCACCAGGUGUGUACAGACGGAGGGCUGUCACAGCCACACACGAGGAAACAUGCACGGGUGUCCCCACUCCACUGGACAACUGCACCGCCGAGUCUCCGAGCCAGCAGCUCUCCAGACUGCUGCACUUGGCAGCCAGUGACGGCCUGAGGACAGUGGCAACGUUCAUCCUGCAGCAGCCCGGAGGCAGGGAGGCGCUGACGAGGCCCAACGCUCAGGGACUGACUGCAGCCUGUGUGGCAGAGAGCAGAGGACAGCAGCAGCUGCUGGAGCUCCUAACUCAGUAUGAGACCUCUACAAAUGUCCAACUGGAACCAAAAGAGCAGCUGCACUCUUACCCAGGAGGCCGAGUGUUUCAGCACCACGUAAAUCUCGAUACCUACACCCUAACAUUCCCGGACCUCCAUCCGAGAGGGGUGGAGGAAGAGACCCAGAGCAGUGAAGAAAGCUGCCUACAGGAAGAGGUGGAGGAGCUGAGGAGAUAUAUUUGUCUUCACAGGGACAAAAAGGCAUGCAUCGCAGCGACACAUGACCUGCUCAGCCCGACCUGUGAGCCGCAGCCCUGCUCUAACGGCCCGGUGGUGGUAACCAUAGAGACCUGUAGCAAAACAACAGAGGAACGGGGAAGUCCUCCGUCAUUGGAGGAGACGGCACAAGGGGAGGACUCUGCUGCUGUCACUCAUACAUCCUGUACCAGUGGAAGUCUUUGUCAGAGACAGGAAGCUGGGGGAGAACAGAAGGGAACACCAGCUGCCAACUCUCCUGCCUGCCGCUACAGGAAAAACAAAAAGAGAACUAGAAAAACCACAAGACAUGCAGCAGAAUCUCAGGGAAAUAACAGCAGCCCCCCAGAGACCAGUAGCGAGAGUGCACAGAGGCCCACAAAGGCAACAGGAAGUAGAACCAAGACAGAUGAAUCUAAUUCAACCAGAGAACCAGAGGUGGCAUCUGUGAUUGGAAACGAAGGAGACACAAAAACGGAAGAGACUCCGUUACCCAUAAAACCAGUGUCUGCACCAGGUGCUGAAGGGAACUGUGCUAGCAGGAAGGCAGUGGCCUUGCCUACCGCCACCAUCGUAGAAAAACAGGAAGCAGAGAAGUGGGAAGCUGAGCUGCUGAUAUGUGAGCGAGUUGUAGAGACAGAAGCAGUGUCACAGACAGAGCAGGGGGGCACUGAACGUCUCCCAGCAGGACAAGCUAAAGUGAACGUUACUCUCGAGUCAACUGCAGCGAGGACAGUAACUAUGGGUCAGGAACAAUCUCAAGAUCCCCAGGAAAGCCAGUCAGACCCAGAGGAACCAAGCCAACCUGACACCAUGAAAAACAGUCCUCAGUCUGACAAGAAGACCAGCCCCAAGUCCCCGGACACGGAGAGAAAACCCCGAAGAGGGCUAUGGCGGGAUGGAGGCUGGAUUGGAAGCAGAAUGGGAUCCCCCCCACAUGGACCAGAAACCGUAGCAAAAACAGUCUGGUAUCAGGGUGAAAACUUAGACCAGGGUGCUAAUGAAGACUGGAACAGAGAGGAAGGGAACUCCCAGUCAAUUUGGUAUGACAGUGACACAACAGAUCAGAGGAACCAUGAACAGCUGGAGCAGGGAAUGAGAGAGCAGAAAGAAUGUGAUUUGGGUUCAGCCCAAGCUUCUGGUCUUAGUUCUCCACAGCUGUUAGAACAGGGUCUUAGUUUUAAUCAACUAUCCUCAGCUCUGAGUCAGCCACAUGCUGCUGGAACACAGCCAGCACUGUCACAUGGGCCUGGUGCACAAAGACGGGAAGUACACGGAUCACAGCAAGAGGAGGAAGUAGGGGCAGAUUGGAAGGAGGGAGGAGUGGAGGGAGACAGAGAGGAGGUUAGUAACAGAGGGACGACUUACAGCAGAAAGAGUUCUGAAACAGCAGACAUUGAGGAGGGCGGAAGAGAGGAGCAAGGGAGCGAAGAGAAAGGAGCAAAGGGCAGAAAAAAAAGGAGGAAGAAGAGGGGUAAGAGAGGCGGUACAGAGGCCAAACUUAGCUCCAGCUCCAGUAUAGAGUCUCAGAGUCAGAGAGAACAAGUGAUAGACCUGAACACUCGGUCGGAGACGGAGUCCGGACCCAAGGAUAAAACAGGAAGGGGAGACGUCCAAUCUCCAACCAAGGACGUGAUGCAUCUUCCCAGCCAGACAGAGGGCCAGACCAAGGCCGAUCAUGGACCUGACUGUGAUGUCACUAACUUGGAUUGUACUGGUACGGCUCCCGAGUUUAUUCCCACAGACCGCAGGAAAACAGAUCUGACUGUUGCAGCUUCACAGUCUCUAGAAACAGAAGAAUUAUCAGAGGAUGACAGCAUGAACUUGCUUAUACCUGAUCACUUUAACACAGGUUAUACUGUCACUGCUUCAGAGCAUAGUCAAAUGGACAUCAGAAAGGCAGAUGUAGAGGAAGCUACAACUGUGCAACCAUUACAAAAUGAAAUACUUCCUACAGAGCUGGAUUUAAAGGGGCUUGCCAGUCCAGUCCAACAAACGUUGGAUAAUGUGGAGUCAAAGGCAUCAUCAGAAAAUGAAGAUUUGACGGUUGCUGCUAAAGCUGUAACAUCCGUGGACCGGACAGUUUGGGUGGAAUCCAACUGUCCAAAGGAACUUCCUGUCAAACUUUCAGAUCCUACACAAUUCACAGAGGACAUGUUUCUUGUUGAAUUUCCUGAACAGAUUACACAACAUUUACAAUCUGUGGAUCCCAUGGGAAGACACGCAGGAUUUAUGGAAUCUGUGCGUCCUACAGAAGCUGAGGGUCUACCAUUUGAAGGUACAGUGGAUGUUUUACCACUUCAAAUACGGGAAGGAAGUGCUGAGACAACUGCGAGGGAAUAUUUAGAGCAUUGUUUGGCCUCUGAGAUGCUGGGAGAUCAGCAGCACAAAGAGGAAAAGAGAAACGAGUUGUGGGUGGGUGAAGAGGAAGCGGGUAAGGAAAGAAGUACAAGUGAAGUAAAUGACAGUGGGAUGGUGCAUGGCAAGGAGUUGUCUUCCAUAGACCGAGAACAAGAGCAGAAUUACAGCGAAGACUUAGCUGCCACAGCAGUAGCAGUUGUAGCAGUAGCAAUAGCAUCAGCCAUGGCUAGCAUAGAGCUGAGCCAACAGUUAUCAGACAAUCAGUCAGAGCCUCAGCUACAAGACAACAAAGACAAAGAGACCUGUCAACUGGUAGCAGCUGAGACAGAAAAGCAUUCACACACUGAACAUACUGAUCAGUUCACCUCUAAAGAAGAGGCUAAUUUUGAAAUAUCAGAGGACUCUGAUUGUGUAGUGUUGCAGUGUAAUGCUGAGACAGAAAAGCUAGCUGCAGCACAGCUGAGUAGCAGCCAGCAGGCUAACCUUGACCAGUCAGCACUUGCAGACACUCCCAGUUUACCACAACUCGACAAAGAGGAAAUCCAAAGAGAAAGUACACAAAACAAAGUCUUUACAUGUUCACUGCCGAAAGGAGAAGACAGCCUACUGCCAGUUAAUAUGAAACCCUUGCCAGAAGCAAAUGAAAUGAUUACCACCGAUGUAGACUGCCAAGAUCACAUGCAGAUAGAACUCCCCAGUCCUGUUCCAGAGCCCGGACAACAUCCAUUCUACCCUGUUUCUGAGGACGAUUCCAGACUAGGAGAACACCAAGGUCAGUCUAUCUGUCAGGGAGAUAGGUGGAUACAACUCAGGCCUCACCAUUUAGAAUCCAUCACCGCUGAGGCAGGAAGGCAGGCACAUGAGCAGGACCGCACACACAGCUCAAAGUGUAAGGAAGGUGAGAGCUGUGAACAAGCUUCCAGGGACAUGUCAGAGCCUGAGCUGGAUGGUCAGGUUAAAACACUGUGUGAAAGGGACAUUCCCACUUUGCCGCUUCCUCUUACCCCCUGUGACUCGACUCCCGUGGCUGAUCCCAGUCCAGAGGAACCCACUGCCCCUGUAAAUGUGGAAUCAGGCGAAUACCCUUCAUCACAGUCAUUAGCGGACAUGAAGCAUGUCCCCGCCAUCCCUCUUGAUGCUGGCAGUAGCACGUUCCAGAGCGAAAGGCAUGAGUCUGUUGCUAUGGAUAAUGAGGUUGUCAUGGUUGAAGAGCUGGAUAAAGAUGCAGACACCCUGGAUACAGUGGAUGGAUGGAAGGAGAGAGAAAAGAACAAGAUGAAAAGGAAAGAGAUUGUCUCAGUGGACGUCACUUCCCAUACAGCCACAGAAGAAGAGUGUCAACAGAGCAGGAUAGACCCGGACGGCACACACACUCUGCAGAUCCAGAGGGAGAAGGAUGUGUUCUGUCCUGAACCCAACACAGUUACAACAUGCACAGACGUUCAUCAAGACGGAGAGCAGCAUGUGUCGCUGUGUUUGUUGCAAAGUGACAAAGACAGUGUGAAAGUCAGUGUGCAACUGGAUGACAGCGUCUUUAAAAAGCCUGCAGACCCUCCCCCCUGUGUUGGACGAACGGACAAAGGGGUUUGUGUCUCCUGGUCCUCCACAGAUGAAGCAUUGACACAGGGAGCCCUCAGUCCCAGUGAGGGGGCUUUGUCAGUGGGCACACCUGACGCUGCAGCUCCUCGGAGCCCCAGGCUGUCCUGGAAGUCCGAAACAGAGGACCGAGGAGGAGGAAAGGCAGAAGGAAGAGGAGAAGAAGAAGAGAAAAAAGACCAGCUUUCAGAGAGUCCCGCCUCCUCGGCCAUGUUACGAGCCUCCAUCCGUCCCUUGUCUCCGCUCCGUCGUCACAGCUGGGAGCCGGGCAGGAACAACGCUGCUGCAGAUAUUGACCUCACACAGCGCAGCUCGUUGAAGAGUCUGUCAGGAGCGCUGAAGAGAGCCAAGCCCCCCCUCCACAGGAGAAGUAUGAGUUGGUGUCAAUCAAACCUGCGUCGUCCUGAUCAGGAGCAAAUAGACAGCAGAAGCUACAGCCUGGAGGGUCUGGAGGUGCAGAGGGGAGCGCUGUACGCUCAGUGUCCCAGCCUCAGUGAGCAGGAGGGGAGGACUGCAGGCAGGAGUUCACAUCUGGACAUCCAGGAGAGAGGCUCUCUGCUGUCCCUCACUGAGGAGGAGCAGGAAGGAGAUGCAAUCAGCACCCAUAGCCAGACAUCCCAUCAUGUGCUGUCGGUGACAAACAGCUGUCCUGCCAUGUUCCCUCAACAAACCCUUACCAAAUCCAUCUCCAUGGUUACCAUCAGUCAGCGCGAUAUCGAUGGCUUGAGCCCAUUCUGCACUAACCUUGGCUCGCUGGGAUACAGUAUUUCAGAGGAGGAGCCGGGCCCCCUGCGGAGCGACACUGAAGGAAAAGGAGGACCUAAAAUCAGUCGGACAUUCAGCUACCUCCGCAGCAAGAUGAGCAAGAAAGGCAAGGAGAAGGAGAGGAAAGGAGAGAAGGAGCGAGAGAGUAAAGAGAGAGAGAAGAAGAGCACAAACGGUCAUCUCUUCAUCCCAGUCAGUCAGUGUCCUUCCACAGCCUGCCAGCACUGCACCAAACCUCUGCACAAUAAAGACACGUUCCUGUGCAACAACUGUGGAUCCCAUGUCCAUAAAUGCUGCAGAGAGAGUCUGUCUGUCUGUACAAAGAACAAAACAAAGCAGACAUUUCUGGUGCCAGAAGCUGCUCCUGGGUCAGCUGUUAGCAUGAGGAGUAAAUCUACGUCUUCAGCAUCAUCUGUGUCAUCCACGUCCUCCUUAUCGUCACGGGAACGCUGGUCCACAGCAACCACUCCUGAUGACCAGCUUCCUGUGAUGUUUCCAUGGAGACAUCCCAGUAUCUUCAACCCACACAGCAACCUGGCCAAGAGCAUCUCCACCAGCAACAUAGCAGGGUUAGAUGAUGUUCCACUGAAAGGCCUGAAGUUUCUGUCCCAGUCCUCCGACUCGCUCCAUCAGGGGAGCAAAGUCAAUGCCUCCACUGAGUCCCUCACUGAUGAAGGUACUGAGAUGAUGGACAGUCAGCUGAUGGGAGAGUUUGAGUGUGACAUUAGAGAUCUGGAAGCUGAUUCUUGGAGCGGCACAAUGGAUAAGAAGUUCCUGAAAACAUUGAAGAAAGAUGAAAUCAAGAAACAAGACGUCAUCUAUGAGUUGUUUCAGACAGAGUUCCACCAUGUGAGGACACUGAAGAUCAUGUCUGAAGUGUACUAUAAAGGCCUGCAGAAGGAGCUGCAGCUGGACACUAACACUCUGGACAAGAUUUUCCCUGUUUUGGACAACCUACUGGACACGCACACACAUUUCCUCACCCUGCUCCUGGAGAGGAAGAGAGCUUCAUCCACUGAUGGACAAAACAACAACAGCUUCCUGAUCUGCAGCAUCGGGGAUGUCCUGCUCAACCAGUUUUCAGGCUACAGUGCUGAUCGUAUGAAGAAGGUUUAUGGGAGGUUCUGCAGUCGCCACAGUGAAGCUGUCAAUCUCUACAAAGACCUGCACGCCAAAGAUAAACGCUUCCAGGCUUUCAUCAAGAAAACAAUGAGCAGCAGCAUUGUGCGGAGGCUCAGUAUUCCAGAGUGCAUUCUGUUGAUCACUCAGAGGAUCACCAAAUACCCUGUUCUCAUCCAGAGGAUACUCCAGCACACUAAAGACUCCGAUGAAGACCACGGCUGUGUCUGUGAAGCUCUGCGCUGUGUGAAGGAGCUGAUCACGGCUGUGGACAGUAAAGUGAACGAGCAGGAGAAGAAACAGAGACUGAAAGGGAGUCUACAGGUACGCCGUCGCACUGACAGCAAGUCCAUCAUGAGGAUGAAGAGUGGGCAGAUGUUUGCUAGAGAGGACCUGGUCAGAGGGAGGAGGCUGCUCCAUGACGGAGCGCUGCAGCUGAAAAACUCUGCUGGACGACUCAAAGAUGUCCAGGCCAUGCUCCUGUCUGACGUGUUGGUCUUUCUUCAGGAAAAAGACCAGAAAUAUGUCUUUGCCUCAUUGGACCAGCGCUCGACAGUCAUCUCUUUACAGAGUCUGAUAGUCCGAGAAGUGGCUAAUGAGGAGCGAGGUCUCUUCCUCAUCACAGCUGGUAUAGAGAGACCAGAGAUGGUGGAGGUGUUGGCCAGCAGCAAGGAUGAGCGCAACACAUGGAGAGCUAUUAUACAGGACGCCAUGCACUGCAUGUGA